AGGUUUGAAGUGAUCCAGUUCGUCAGACAGCACAGACCACGUUCGCAAUGCAAUCGCUGGUGGUGUUCCUCGCCGUGGCCGCCGUGGCGCGCGCCUCCCUCCUGCCGCUGGCGGAGCCCUACGGAUAUGGAUACGCCGCCCUCUCUCCAUACGCCUACUCCGUCCCAGCAGUGGUCGCACCCUCCGCCGUAUCCCACCAAUCCCGUGUGGACAUCAGCAGCAGCCCCGCCGUUAUCAGUGAAUCCUACUCUACUCCUUACCUGGCCGCGUCUCCGUUCUGGGGCCACGCCCAUCUCCUCAAGAAGCGCUCCCUGGGAUACCUGGCCGUCGCCGCUCCCGUGGUCACUCACGCCGUCGCCGCUCCCGUCGUCACUCAGGCCGUCGGAGCUUCUGCCGUGACCCACCAAUCCCGCGUCGACGUCCAGUCGAGCCCCGCUGUGAUCUCCGAGAGCUUCGUAGCUGGACCCGCCGUGACUUACUCCUCCCCCUAUUACACUCCCUACGCUUACGGACUCCACGGACACAUUCUGAAGAAGCGCUCCCUGGGCUACCUCGGACCCGUCGCCUACAGCACCCCGGUCGUCGCCCACUCCAUCGCCCCGUCCGCCGUGUCCCACCAGUCCCGUGUUGACAUCAAGUCGAGCCCCGCUAUCGUCUCCGAGCAAAUCGUGGCCGCCCCCGUGGUCGCCCGCACCUUCGCCGCUCCCGUCGUCGCUCACGCUGUGGCCACCCCCGUGGUCGCUCACGCCAUCGCUCCAUCUGCCGUGUCUCACCAGUCACGCGUCGACUACAAGUCCAGCCCCGCCGUGGUCACUGAGAGCGUCGUGGCCGCCCCAGUCGUUCACUCUGCCGCUUACGCACCGAUUAACGCCUACAGCCUCUACGGCUGGUAAACGGUGAU